AUGUUCGCCAAGUACUCCUUCUUCUUCCUGGCUCUCGCUACAGCUGUGCUAGGGGGUGUUGCCUCUACUCCCGAAUCUACCAACGACUCCGCGCAAUGCAAGCCAAACGGCCAACAUUGUAUUUUCAACAGGGAAUGUUGCUCUAACUACUGCAGCUGGAGGGCAGGCUCAGUCUGCACUCCCCAAGUGCAGAAGGUCGACCCAAUGGAGGAAGCUCUGAAGGCUGCCGCUGAGGCCUACCUGAAUUAG